AUGGACUCUGCACAGAUGAACGUUUUUCUUCACGACGGGUCGAUCCGGCACUGCUGUGAUCAGGCAGAUGUGAAACUCGUGGAAAACUCACAUGCCCCGAGUUUUCGGUAUGCUGUGAGUUUUGCAAAACGCGUUGUAGGCACCUGUCGGUUGUGA